CUCCAAAUUGCCAUUGUAAUCGUGGCUCUUUCCACUACGGUGAGUCUCUAUAGCCUGGAGGCUUGCGGUUAGCCUCUAUUAUCCGUUCUCGGAUUGAGCCUUCGGUAUAUCGUACCACAGGCUAUAUGGAUAAUGCUCCCUACAGUCUUGUCACGAGCAGAGGGCUAUUGGCCCAGGCAUGGCUGCGGAAAGUCAUCUCUAUUGUGUAGAUUUACAAAAUGGGGAGGAAAGGAAGAGAUGCUGGAAGAGCUCUCGCGAUGCAGGAGAUAAAUGCCAGAGAAAGUGGGGCACGCGCGAGCAAGGCAAGCGCGUACCUCGACGGCAGUUGCCGUCACAAGGCCUCUUGUGAUGGGCACCACCCAAGGUCUGGUCAGCUCGCACAUACAAGAUCGAUAUUGCUACAACGAGAGCAAGAGCUAGAUGACAGGAAUGGGCGUUCAACCAGACCUUAAGUACUGGAGCAGAGGCCUAUGCGUAGGCGUGACCACAGACGUAUGAUCAGACUCAUGACCACAGGCAUAUGGCAUAACCAUGAGAACUGGAACGGGAAAUCCGGUGACACUUCUUUCCGCCUUGGCCGUCGGUUGGAGUGGGUAUUUGUGAAAAGUCUCGGUGCCCU